GAACAAACCUUAUAUAAAAAAGAAGAAGAAGAGGUAGGACUGAUUUAAAGGUUACUGUGUUGAUAGUUCAUUAUUUUUAAAAUGUCAAAACCAAAGAUGGCUGAUGAAAACGAUAACGAAAAAAUGGAAAUUGAUGCACAAAAAAAUACAGAUAAAAUGUUUUCUCUAAAAAAAUGGAACGCCGUAGCGAUGUGGAGCUGGGAUGUAGAAUGUGAUACUUGCGCUAUAUGUAGAGUUCAAGUAAUGGAUGCUUGUUUGAGAUGUCAAGCUGAGAGCAAAAAAGAUUCGUAUGGCAAACAAGAUUGUGUCGUCGUUUGGGGAGAAUGUAAUCAUUCAUUUCAUUAUUGUUGUAUGUCUUUGUGGGUAAAGCAAAAUAAUAGGUGUCCUUUAUGUCAGCAGGAAUGGUCGAUACAAAGAAUGGGAAAAUAA